UCGGGAUGCCGAUUUUGUGCAAGUUUACUUAAAUAGACGUAGUAAAUAAAAACUUUGAAUGUGUGAAUUGUUACUGGAGUAUUAUAAGUUUGUACAGACAUGAAUUCUAGAGGAAAGCGUAUGGUUGAAAUGCUAAAACAAGGGAAAUCCGGAACAUCGGAAAGUAAUAUAGCUCCUUCUCAGUUUGGCAGUAGAGCAAGUAAACCAGUCGGAAAAGCAUCUUCGACUGAAUCAAGUCAAGCAAAUAAUUGUACAACCAAAAUUUUAGUCCCUCCUUCCUGUAGUAAACAGUUCUUAGAAAACAUUAUAACAACCACAAGUGAAAUAGAUUUGCCACAGAGAAUUACUAAAGAUUGCAGUUUUGACUUCGAAUUAGAGUCAUCGGAAAGUAACAUAGCUGCUCAGUUUAACAGAAGAGAAAGUAACAUAAUCGAGAAAGCAUCUGUGAGUGAAUCAUGUCAAGCAAAUAAUAAUUGUACAGAAAGUUUAGUUCUUCCUUCUUGUAGUAAACAGUUUUCAGAAAAUAUUAUAUCGAACACAAGUGGAAUAGAACUGCCUCAGAGAAGUACUGAUGAUUACACUGAUAGUGAAGAUGAUGAUGAUUCUGUGAAGGAUAAGACGUGGGAUCCAAAUCCAACAUCCAAAAAACAACAGAAUUUUGAUAGUUUUGAUUCCGACGAUCCAGAUGUCACACCAAUGCCUGAAGAGACUGUACAUGUCGAGAAUGAAUCUGUAACUUCAUCUAAUCAGAGCAAGGAAAAACAUAACCGAAAACGAUCACGUUGGUCGAAAUCUAACCCUUCAGAGUGGGACAAAAAUAUUGCAAAGCAGAGGCGCUAUGCUUGCUUGCCUUAUGCAACCAAAAAAGAAAUGCAAGAGGCUAAAUUUCCACGACCAGUCGACUGUAAAAAAUGUAGAUUUAAAUGUUUGAAAAACUUUAAUGAAAAUAAUAGGCAAGGAAUUUGUAAAAUGUUUUGGGGUUUAUUAAACUACCAACGUCAAAAAGACUUCAUCUUAAAGCAUGUAAAUUCGAGUGUGCCAUGUCGUCCUAGUGCAAAUGUUGCUCCCAACAAAAGACGAGCGUGCAGUCGUUCAUUUCACUUUGUUAGAAAUUGUAUUAAAAUACGUGUCUGCCAAAUUUUUUUCCAGAAAACCCUAUUCUUUAGCAAUGGACCGAUCAAUACAGCAUUUAAAGGGCAAACAGAUGGAACAUUCGUGGAAAACGAUAAGCGCGGGAAAAAAUAUCCACCUAAUAAAACAAAAGCUGACGAUGUAGAGAUUGUCAAGCAACACAUUCAAAUGUUUACGACCAUGCAGUACCUGGACUGCAAACUUUCAAUUAAUUGA